UGUGGUUGUCAGAGCUAACAACACGUGUGAGGUACCUGCUGCCUUUGGUCCCCUCCCUCCCCACCCUGUGACUGUACCUCCAAGACCCAAGACAAAAAAAAAUGUGUUUUUUCUGGAGCCCUUGGCUUCCUGCCUCUUCAAGCCCCCCACUACAUACUCUGAAGCAAUUCUUCCUUUGGUCCCACACACUCCAGUGGCCCCUGUGGGUUACGAUACAAGCAGCAAGGGGGGGUCCGGAUCGUUGGCGGGCACAGUGCUGCUGUGGGGGCCUGGCCCUGGAUGGUCAGCCUGCAGGUCUUUUCCUACCAAACCAGCCAGAGGUUCCACCAGUGCGGUGGCACCCUGAUCAACCCCUCCUGGGUGCUCACUGCUGCGCACUGCUUCAAGACCAGAAAAGAUGUGUACGACUGGAGGGUGAUUCUCGGAGCCAGAGAAAUGGUUUAUGGGACCAACAAGCCAGUGCGGCCGCCCGAGCAGGAGCGGUAUGUGGAGCGGAUCGUCACACACGAGAGAUACGACCCCACAGUCGAGAGCAAUGACAUCGCUCUCCUGAAGAUCACCCCUCCCGUCACGUGUGGGAGCUUCGUCGGAACAGGCUGCCUGCCCCAUUUUAAGGCCGGCACCCCCAAAAUCCCUCAGUCCUGUUGGGUGACUGGCUGGGGCUACAUGAAAGAGAAUGCCCGCAAGGCAGCACCUAUACUGCAGGAGGCGCGCGUGGACCUCAUCGACCUUGAGAUAUGCAACUCCAGCAGGUGGUACAACGGGCGCAUUCGUGUGGGCAACCUGUGUGCUGGGUAUCCUGAGGGCAGCAUUGACACCUGCCAGGGCGACAGCGGAGGGCCACUCAUGUGCAGAGACAGCACCACCAACAUCUUUGUGGUCGUGGGCAUCACGAGCUGGGGGGUAGGCUGUGCCCGAGCCAAGCGGCCCGGGGUCUACACUUCCACCUGGUACUUCUUGAACUGGAUGGCUUCCAAGAUGGGCCUCAACCUCUUGCGCCAGGUGCAGCUGGGUGAGCCAUCCACUUCUCCUGUCAUUCCUGCUGCUCCUGCUUCCCAGGGGAGCUCGGUGAAGGUUCACCGCCCGUCUGCCACCCAGUUGUCUUCUUGGGAUCUCCUGCGUCCUGCCCAAGGACUGACUUCCUUCCGUCCCAGCCAGCCGUCCCACCCAAGCCUGCGCCCCAGGCCCCGACCACCAUCUUCUCAGAUCCAUUCUUUUGCUCCACCCGCUCCCCAGCCUCCUCGGCCAUCUUACAGCAAGCCUCAGCAACCAUCUUACAGCAAGCCUCAGCAGCCAUCUUACAGCAAGCCUCAGCAGCCAUCUUACAACAAGCCUCAGCAGCCAUCUUACAGCAAGCCUCAGCAGCCAUCUUACAGCAAGCCUCAGCAGCCAUCUUACAGCAAGCCUCCCCCGCCAUCUUUCAGCAAACCCUCCCAAACACUUACUUUUGCCAAGCGGCUACAGCAACUCAUAGAGGUCUUGAAGUCAAAAAGCUUUGUUAUCUCAAAGAGUUUUUAUGAAUUAGAGACCACAGAUAUCCCGGAAGUGAUUGCCUCCUCCUGACCUGAUCCCACCUGCAGACUUGGUGAGCCCUUGACUCCUGAAGGAAGAAAUGAAAGAAAGAAAUAUAAAAUAAAAUAAUAUAUAUAUAAUGUACACACACACACAAAGAGAUGCUUUCUAGAUUUCUUUCCUCCCUCUCCCCACUCAACCCCCACCUUCCCUCUGAGAUGGUGGAGCUACUUACACAUUAAUAUCAGUUGAAUGACUU